AUGCAUAGGACUCGACGAGUUGUUCUUGGACUUGGCGAGUCAGAGCGCAAAUCCUCCCGAUUUCUCCGAUUUUGGAAUUUCGGGGAGUUCCGGAGCAGCAGUCAGACAGUCUCAGAUUUAGCACCUCAGCAGCCAGCGUUACGAGGUGAGUUUCCUUCCAGUAGGAACGGGUCUACGGCCACAAUGCCAGCCCGUUUAGUUAGCAGUAGUUCCGGACUUCGGUCUGAUGCAGUAGUUCAGUGUGCUUGA